AUGCGUGAAGUGAUAACACUACAGGUUGGUCAGUGCGGAAAUCAAAUGGGUGCCGAGUUCUGGAAGACAUUGUGCAAGGAACACGGAAUAUCCAACUGUGGGACUUUACAAGACAACAGAGACCUUGGAGACAGGAAAGAUGUCUUCUUUUACCAAUCAGACGAUAAUGUGUUUGUUCCCAGAGCAAUGCUUGUGGAUUUGGAGCCCCGGGUUAUAUCCCAAGCACCAUCAUUUUUCAAUCAGGAGAAUAUUUUUCUAUCCAACGAAGGAGGUGGAGCAGGAAAUAACUGGGGACAUGGAUACUAUAUGGGCAAGACCAUGGGAGACGACGUGGUAGAAGUGAUCCAAAGGGAAGCAGAGGGCUGCGAUUCUCUCGAGACCUUCUUCUUGCUCCACUCCAUAGCAGGAGGAACAGGAUCAGGAUUUGGGUCUUUACUUUUGGAAAGAAUAAGAGAGGAGUUUCCCAAGAAGAUUGUCCAGACAUACUCUAUAUUCCCUAACAACGAUGAAUCCAGCGACGUUGUUGUCCAGCCAUACAACUCCAUGCUGACGCUUCAAAGACUCAUAGAAAACUCGGACUGCAUUGUCGUGAUGGACAACUCAUCGCUUGGAAGAUAUACCUUGGACUCUCUGAGGAUCGGCACCCCAACAUUCGACCAUAUAAAUCACCUUAUAUCAACAGUGAUGGCUGCAUCCACAUCUACAAUUAGAUUUCCGGGAUAUAUGUAUUGCACACAUCAGUCCAUAAAUAGCUGUCUUAUUCCUGUUGAUCCACUCAAAUUCGUUGCACCAUCAUACACUCCUUUUGCAUGCGAUGAAAUGUCUAGGAUCGUCAGGAAGACAACAUGUUCCGACGUCAUGAGAAGACUUCUCCUACCAAAGACCAGGCUUGCAAGCUAUGAGCAAACGAAGGUCCAGUCUGUAGUGUCGAUGCUGAAUAUCUUGCACGGUAUCGAAGAUCCCGGAGAGGUGUCCAGGACAGUUAUGCGGUUUCUUGACAAGGGAAUAGUCAACUUUGUCCCCUGGAUGCCUCCCUCAUUCAAUGUUGCAUUGGGAAAGAACAUUGCCAACAACAUAAUGCCAAGCAGGAUUUCCGGUCUAAGCCUCACUAACUCGACAGGAAUCUCUUCGGUCCUGUCGAAGAUAUCUGGACAGUUUGACAAACUCAAGAAGCAGCGUGCAUUCCUGGAUAUUUACAAGAGAUUUGGGGUUGAACCUGAAAUGUUUGACCAUGCAAAAGAGAUUGUCCAGAAGACUCUUGAGGAAUACCGCAUGGCCGAAAUGUCGACAUAUUUAAGCCACUAG